UGGAUACAGCCUUUUUUGCACCGUGCGUAUGCCUGACGCAAUCGAAAAGGCUCCGCGAUUUUUGACCGACCAAUCAGUAUCGCAGAAAGAAGUAGGGAUAGCCUGUAGCGAUUUUAUGAAAACCUGACAUAAGCUUGCCGAGAUUCAGCAAUAUCUGAAGAUAGGCCUAUAAGGAAGAUCUCAAACAAGCGAAUUAGCUCUGAUUACAGCAGACUACAGAAAAUUCAUACCUGGAAACUUGUAGGAGUACAAUAGGCCUAUAAGUAGUAGCAAUGGGGAAAGCAUUUGUGUGUCUUCUGAUCGGUGCACUGGCUCUAGGAGUCGUUUUACCACUUGAGAGAGCAUUGGUAAAUGCUAAAGAAUGCCAAGAUCACCGAGACGAUUGUAAAACUUUCAAGGGUUGCGAUGACCCGAAGUCCGCCUUGGCUGCGACAGGGUGCUUAAAGACGUGUGGGUUUUGUGGGUCUACGAAAUGCCAAGAUUACCGAGACGAUUGUCAGAGUUUCCAGGGUUGCAAUGAUCCGAAGUCCGCCUUGGCUGCCACAGGGUGUUUAAAGACGUGUGGGUUUUGCUAGUGAUGAAACUAAUAGAGGAAUCGUAAAGACGAAACCAGGACCACCAAUGUCUGUCUUUGAUUUAAUUAUUAAACCAGGCCUAUUGUUUUCCUGGUCUAAUAUUAUAUUUGUUUGCCUUUUAUAACUAUAGGAGCUUACUCGUGUAAAACAUAAUGUACCCUACAUUCGAAUUUUUCAUGGUGUAAUGAUGAGAUGCUUAAAGCCGGACACUCACUGCGUCGUACGACCGUCAGCCGACGAAUCCAACUCCGCCUCCUGUGAGCGUUAGACGACGCGACUCCAUCUAUUGAUUGUCGGUGGUAUCGUCAUAAGAAACGAUCCGUUGCGCGAGCGUCGUCCCGUUGCGUUCUCCAUAGAAUCGCGUCGGACAACGACCGUCGGGCGCAGUCAACGUGUCCGGCUUAAGUGGCGGCAAUUUUGAUUAAAAUGGAUGAUGCAUUUUGGAAAUUAACUUUAACAGUCAGCGAGUUUUGCGUAUGUAGUCCUGUCUGCUAACAUCGAGCGCCAGUGGUUUUUUGACGUCCAAUCUGAAUUACUUUUGCUCCAUUAGUUGUGCCUAUGAAUGGAAAUCGAUAAUAAAUAUGAUAAGCUCCGUCUUUA